AUGACCUCAGCCUCCUUUGUAUCCUACUCCAUUCCAGGGCUAUGCCGAUCUGUGGCCAUGCUCCCACCAGCUGGUCAUCUCCUGCCCCUCCUGCUGGUGAUAGGCACAGGGGGUACCAUGCCCAGCCCCCGGGUACCUCCUCAGGGCUGCUAUGUAGCAGAGGAAGCUGGUGAGCGGACCUUCCGUUGCAGCCAGGCAGGCCUGAGUGCUGUGCCCCCCGGCAUCCCCAACGACACCCGCAAGCUCUACUUGGAUGCCAACCGGCUGGCAUCAGUACCAGCUGGUGCCUUCCAGCACCUGCCUGUUCUGGAGGAGCUGGACCUGUCCCAUAAUGUCCUUGCCCACCUCUCAGGGGCCGCUUUCCAGGGCCUGGCAGGGACGCUGCGCCACCUCGACCUCUCUGCCAACCAGCUGGCUUCAGUGCCCGUGGAGGCCUUCAUGGGGCUGCAGAUCCAAGUGAACCUGUCCGCCAACCCGUGGCGCUGUGACUGUGCCCUCCAGGAGGUGCUCAUGCGGGUGAGGCUGGCACCAGGCACUGGGACAGGCAUCGUGUGUGGCCCGGGAGCCCGACCAGACCUUGUGGGGCAGGAGCUCCUGCCGCUGGCAGGGGAGGAAGAGCUGUGUGGGACAGGGUGGGGUGGGGCCCGGCGGAGCACCGACGUGGCCCUGCUGGUCACCAUGGGGGGCUGGCUGGUACUUGUGGUGGCUUAUCUGGUCCAUUACAUAUGGCAGAACCGGGAUGAGACCCGACAUCCCCUCAAGUGGGCCCCCGUGCUACCCGUGCAACCCGAAGACUCCUCUACCCUCAGCACAGUGGUCUGA